AUGGCUUCACUGAUCACCAUGGCCUCAGCAUUACAGUUCCUCCUCCUCCUCCUUGCCACACUCGCCGGCUCAGCGUCUGCAGCGGCGAUGAGCUGGGGAUCACGGCCGCUGUUCCGGGAGUACAUCGGCGCGGAGGGCCUGAACGUCACCUUCGCCGACGUGCCGGUGCACCCGAGCGUCGACUUCCACUUCAUCCUCUCCUUCGCCAUCGACUACACCGUCGACGCCACCAACGCCUCCGCGGCGCCGCGCCCCGCCGACGGCCGCUUCGGCGUGUUCUGGGACGAGGCGCACCUCACCCCCGCUGCCGUGGCCGCCGCCAAGAGGCGCGGCUGCGGCGGCGACAACGUCCGCGUCGCGCUCAGCCUCGGCGGCGACUCCAUCCGCGGCGCCAACGCCACGUUCCGCGCCUCCUCCGUCGACGCCUGGGUGGGCAACGCCAUCGCGUCUCUCACCGACAUCAUCACCCGGUACGGCCUCGACGGCGUGGACAUCGACUACGAGCACUUUGGCGAGCGCGAGACGCCCGAGGUCUUCGCCGAGUGCAUCGGCCGCCUCGUGCGGCGGCUGAAGGCCGACGGCGUCAUCUGCUUCGCCUCCAUCGCGCCCUUCGCCAACCCGGACGUCCAGGCGCACUACGGGGAGCUCUGGCACCGGUACGGGUGCGAGUUCGAGUACGUCAACUUCCAAUUCUACGCGUACGCGGCCAACACGACGGUGGCGCAGUUCCUGGACUACUACGACGAACAGAGCCGCCGGUACGCCGGCGGCGGCGGGAAGGUGCUCGUGGGGUUCGGGACGGACCCAGCCAGCGGCGGGCUAGGGCCCGAGAAGGGGUUCUUCAGGGCGUGCCGCGCGCUGCGAAGGCAGGGGAGGCUGCACGGCAUCUUUGUCUGGGCCGCCGACAACUCCGCUGCCGACGGGUUCCGCCACGAGCUCUGUGCGCAGAGGUUCCUCGCCGGCGCCGCCCCGGGCUUCCCUUGA